AUGGAGAUCAAGACCGUGCAGAUUACUCCCUUCACAGACCAAAAGGCCGGCACCUCCGGUCUGCGAAAGAAGGUCACCGUUUUCCAAAAGGAACACUACAGCGAGUCUUUCAUCACGAGCAUUCUUCUUUCCAUCCCCGAGGGUGUUAAAGAUUCCUUUCUUGUGAUUGGCGGUGAUGGCCGAUUCCUGAACCCAGAGGUGAUCCAGCUGAUUGCCAAGAUUGGUGCUGCCUAUGGCGUGAAGAAGCUCCUCAUCGGCCAAAAUGGCAUCCUUUCCACCCCCGCGGCCAGCCACAUCAUCCGCAAGUAUGGGGCUACCGGUGGUAUCCUCUUGACGGCUAGCCACAACCCCGGCGGCCCUCUCAACGAUUUCGGUAUCAAAUACAACCUCGCCAACGGCGGGCCUGCUCCGGAAUCUGUAACGGACAAAAUCUAUGAGGUCUCGAAGAGCCUAACUAGCUACAAGAUCGCCUCCAUCCCAGACAUUGACACAUCCACCAUUGGCUUUCAGACAUAUGGCGACUCCCUCGAUGUCGAGAUUGUCGACAGCACCGCCGAUUAUGUUACGAUGCUAAAGGAUAUCUUUGAUUUUGACCUCAUCAAGAAGUUCUUCAAGAACCACCCAGACUAUAGAGUCUUGUUUGAUGCUUUGCACGGCGUCACAGGCCCGUACGGCAAGGCUAUUUUUGAGACCGAGCUGGGUCUCGAGAACUCGACGCAAAACUGCGUUCCGAGUCCCGAUUUUAACGGCGGUCAUCCCGACCCUAACCUUACCUAUGCUAAGAGCCUUGUCGAUGUUGUUGAUAGGGCGAACAUCCCCUUUGGCGCCGCUUCGGAUGGCGAUGGCGACCGUAACAUGAUUUAUGGCGCCGCCUCCUUCGUAUCUCCCGGUGACUCUCUCGCCAUCAUUGCUCACCAUGCGCACCUCAUCCCUUACUUCCGCAAGAACAAGGUCCAAGGCCUAGCCCGUUCCAUGCCUACGAGUGGUGCUGUUGACCUGGUCGCCAAGGCCCAGGGUCUUGAGUGUUACGAGGUGCCCACUGGAUGGAAGUUCUUCUGCUCCCUCUUUGAUGCCAACAAGCUUUCUAUUUGUGGGAACCGCCCCUCUAUCAAGGAGAUCCAGAAGGACUUCUGGAAGGUCUAUGGUCGAACCUUCUUUACCCGCUAUGACUACGAGGACGUUGACAGCGACGGUGCCAGCAAGGUCCUUGGUGUCUUGAAGGACCUUGUCGCGGACCCCAAGUUCGUUGGCAGCAAGAUUGGAGACCGGACUGUGACCGAGGCAGGGAACUUCUCAUACAAGGACCCCGUCGACGGUUCCGUUGCCUCGAACCAGGGCCUUUACGCCCGAUUUUCAUCAGGUUCUCGAAUUGUCGUACGACUCUCCGGCACCGGUUCCUCAGGCGCGACGAUCCGCCUUUAUGUCGAGCAGCAUAGCAACGACCCUUCAAGCUACGACCAGGAUGCUCAGGACUUCUUGGCUCCCGAGAUCAAGAUGGCUACCGACCUCCUUAAGUUUAAGGAGUUUAUUCAUACUGAUGAACCCACUGUGAGGACGUGA